AUGGGCAGCCGGGGCGCGGCGGCCGGCGGGCUGAAAAACUCGGCGCUAAUAAACGCGACUAGGAGGGCCCCGACGAGCGCGCUCGCGUUAAUGCACGCCCGUUCGACCCUCCUCGCAUGUACAGGAGUUCGAGUUGCGUGUAAGCAAAAAAAGUCCGGCCCGUGUUCACCGAGAUUCCCUUUUACGUUUCGGAAUUGGCGAUCCGGCGUGGCGUCCACUGUCAGCGGCGACCAUUAUUAUGCGCGGAAACUCGCGACCCGACUCUGCACGGCGCACACGUGUAGCGCGCGACAAUUUCCCCCCGUAGAUUGGAUAAUGGCCGCCGGAAAUAGCUCCGCCGAUGACGUCACGGCGCUUCCGCCGCCCUCGGCCGCCCGGCCUAUGCAGCCUUCGGAAAACGACUCCGUCCCAACUCAGUUACCCGGUCGCCUCGCUUUACAUCCCAGGAAGUGUUUCUACCAACCCGUAGUUCGCGCGAGAUUU